GCGAGUGGUACGAGCGACACGUCAUCGAGCCCACGUUGGCGUCGCUCGAAGAGUUCCAAGAACGCGACAGCGGAUGGGCAUUGUCACAAAUCCCCAACUUGACAGUGAACGUGAAUAAAUUAAAUCCCAUGCGCGCGAGAUGCCACAUCAAAGUGCCGCGGGAAAUAGCAAUGAAACGAGCGGUGAUCAGUGUGUGUACGAUGGACAAUGCGUGUUUCGCGUGGUCGGUGAUCGCCGCUCUGCACCCGACUGCAAAGCAUACGGAACGAAAGUCAUCGUAUCCACAUUAUACAACAGUGCUGAAUCUCGCGGGUAUCGAGUUUCCGAUGAAUUUAAAAGACAUUAAAAAAUUUGAACGAUUGAACGCGAUGUCGAUCAACGUGUAUGGCAUCGAAGAUAAGCAGAUCCUUCCUCUACGGCUCACAGGCGAUAAAAAGAAGAAGCACGUGAACAUGCUGUAUCUCCAAGAUCCACACGACGACAGUCUCGGCCACUUUGCGUGGAUAAAAAAUCUGUCGCAUCUCGUUAGCUCUCAAAUCUCGAAAAAGGAACACAAGAAAUUGUUCUGCGACAGAUGUCUGCACUACUUCGGUUCAGCCGAAAAGUUGCAGUUGCACACAGUAGACUGCGGAAAAAUGAACGAUUGCGCCAUCAGACUGCCGAGCGAGGACGACAAAUGGCUCGAAUUCGGCAACAACUGCAAUAAGGAGCGCAUUCCAUUCAUCGUCUACGCCGACUUGGAGUGUGUUCUGCGGAAGACGGAACCCAACAAGGAAAACGCGUCAUAUACAUAUCAACAGCACGAGGUAUGUAGUAUAGGCUACUACGUACGUUGCUCGUACGACGACGCAUUAUCGUCGUAUCGGUUCCGUCGCGAUGAAGACUGUAUAGCGUGGUUCGCGCGUCAACUCCAAGACUUGGCGCAUCACGUGAAAGAUAUUGUAUCCGCCAACGUGCCUAUGGAAACGUUGUCUAAGCAGCAAUGGGAGACAUACCGUAACGCGACGCGUUGUCACAUUUGCGAAAAAUCAUUCGCGCCGGAAGAUACGCUGGUCCGCGAUCAUUGCCAUCUCACCGGUAAAUACGGUGGUCCAGACACGCGCUUACCACCUCGCGAAUCAUUUUACACUUCCUUGACGGGCGAUACCGUAUCCGAGAGCGAUUACGCUCAUGCCGCGAACGUCUGGCAGCGAUUUUCCAUCCAAACGCUCGAGAGUUAUGGUCUUGAUCCUGCACAUUACUAUACAUUGCCCGGUUUUACAUGGGACGCCAUGCUAAAACACACACAUGCAAAAUUUGAACUUCUCACCGACAUAGAUAUGGUUCUGUUCAUUGAGCGCGGUAUACGCGGCGGCCUCAGUCAAUGUUCAGGUAGAUACGCGCAGGCCAAUAACAAGUAUAUGUAUUCGUAUGACCCAUCGAAACCGUCGUCAUACUUAAUGCACUACGAAGUUAACAAUCUAUAUGGAUGGGCGAUGUGUCGACCAUUGCCAUACGUUGAAUUUCAAUGGGUCAAAGACAUUGCGAACUUUGACGUAAAAAAAAAAAACGUUUCCCAGACUACAGUUGUGAGGACGUUGAGAAGAAAGCAAGAAACCGGGUUAAACACGAGUCGUCAUCGUUCUGGAAGACCCAGAGUAACUUCGAAAAGUGAAGAUAAGUUCAUUUGUGUCCAAAGUAAGCGUUUGCGAACUUGUACUGCACCAGAAAUUCGCGAAGAACUGAAUACUAUCAGAGAGAAGCUAGUAUCUGUAACGACUGUCCAACGCCGACUUCGUGAUCAUGGAUUAAAAGGAUGUAUAGCUGCUAGAAAACCACUGCUACAUAAACAAAAUAAAGUCAAAAGAUUGCAAUGGGCUAAAAAACAUAAAAACUGGUCGAUUAAUCAAUGGAAAAAAGUAUUAUUUACAGAUGAAUCAAAGUUCGAAAUUUUUGGGGGAAAACGUAGGCAAUACGUUCGUCGCCAGGUCGGCGAACGCAUGAAAGAGCAGUGUGUAGUACCAACAGUGAAGCAUGGAGGUGGUUCGGUUAUGGUUUGA